AUGGCUCUGAAUCUACCCAAAUGGCUCGAGAAGAAUAAGCAUCUCCUCCAGCCCCCCAUCAAUAACUACUGCGUCUAUCACCCUUCUUCACCCGAGACCUCCGGCCUGACGGUCAUGGUUGUUGGUGGCCCAAAUGCUCGGACCGACUACCAUAUCAACGAGACCCCGGAAUUCUUCUAUCAGCACAAAGGCUCUAUGCUGCUCAAGACUGUGAACACUUCGAGUACACCUCAUAAGUUCGUCGACAUUCCCAUUCAUGAAAACUCGUUGUAUUUGCUACCGGCAAACACCCCACAUAACCCGGUCCGGUUCGCGGAUACGGUCGGCAUAGUACUCGAGCAAGCGCGGCCAGCUGAUUCGAUCGAUCGCAUGAGAUGGUACUGCAAGGAGUGUGCGAACAUCGUGCACGAAGCUUCUUUCCAUUGUUCGGAUUUGGGUUCACAAAUCAAGGACGCGGUGAUUGCGUUUGAGAACAACAUGGAGGCCAGAACCUGCAAGCAGUGCGGAACGGUGAAUAAUUCGAAGCCUGGUGAAGGCGAGAUCCAGCAACCGCCAAGAUUUCCUGGAGACUGA